AUGCUAAAGAAGAUGUACCAAGCUUUGUACGCUUCGAAGGUUGUUUCAUAUGCCCAGGGUUUCAUGUUGCUGCAGAAGGCUUGUGAAGACUUCGGCUGGGAUUUGAACCUCGGAGCCAUUGCUCUUAUGUGGCGUGGCGGCUGUAUCAUUCGCAGCCGUUUCCUUGGCGACAUUAAGGAGGCCUUUGCGAGGAACCCAAAGCUAACGAACCUACUCCUCGAUCCUUUCUUUAAGAACGUCAUCGAAAUUUGUCAGGGCUCAUGGCGUUCAAUCGUCUGCGAGAGUGUAAAAGCCGGUAUUCCCGUGCCCGGUUUCAGCUCAGCCCUUGAGUUUUAUGACGCUUUCAGGUCACCUAGACUGCCCGCCAACCUGAUUCAGGCCCAACGUGACUACUUCGGAGCUCACCAGUAUGAGUUGGAAGACGCACCAGGAACCUGGCAUCAUACCGACUGGACGGGCGCUGGUGGUGGCGUCACAUCUUCUACUUACCUAGCAUAA